CUUUCUUUCCUUCUAAACAUGUAUAGACCUCCACCAGGCAAUUUCAUACCUUUUGCACCUAGACCUUCUAAUACACCAUCACCUGUUAGCAACAGUCCAUAUAUCUCACCUACUGCCUCACCAUGGCAAAGACCACCUGCGUUAUCCCCUGACCCAUCUACUGUCUGGAGAGAACAUCAAACACCCGAAGGUAGAAAAUACUGGUACAAUAAUAUAACGAAACAAAGCACUUGGGAAAAGCCCGAGGAAUUAUUAACACCCGAAGAAAAGGUAUUGAAGGCUUCAUCUUGGAGGGAAUAUACGACGCCUGAGGGUAAAAAAUAUUAUAGUAAUAUAAAAACAAAAGAGACUGUAUGGGAAGUACCUCCAGAAAUAAAAGAACAAUUGGAAAAAGCAAGGAAAAUAGCUAAUGAAAUGAAAAGUAUACCAACACCACCAAUUAUUCCUACCAAAUCAACACCGCCACCUGUGGCUCAAACAAUAGAACAACCUAUCCCUGAAUUUGAUACAAAAGAAGAGGCUGAAAAGGCAUUUUUUGGCUUACUUAGAGAAACAGGAGUAAAAUCAAAUUGGACUUGGGAUCAAGCCAUGCGUGCGAUUAUUACUAAACCACUCUAUCGCGCUUUAAAGACAAUUGGUGAACGAAAAGCAGCCUUUCAAGCCUAUAUAGAUGCAGAAGCUAAGCGAGAACGUGAAGAAAAGGAAGAAUUUGAACGACAACAAAAGGCUAGUUUUAUGGAUCUACUUAUUCGUCACAAGGACAUGAUUAAACCUUAUACACGCUACACUACUUUUGCUAAUCUAUUUGGCGAUGAUCCUGUGUUCAACAGCAUCAAGAGUGAAAAGCAACGCGAAGCCUACUUUGAGGAAUAUGUGCAAAAUAUGCAGCGAGCCGAAAAGGACAAAUUACGCGAUUUACGAAAGAGUAGCAUGGAACAAUUCAGCCAAUUACUUCGCUCUAUUCCUGAUAUUACCUACCGUACACAAUGGAAGGAAGCUCAGAUGCUCUACAUGGAAAAAUUACCAAACAAAGAUUUGAAACAAGUGUUUCAAGGUAUGGAUAUGCUGGAUUUCUUAUCUGUAUUUGAGGAAUAUAAUAGAUCAUUAUGGGAGGGACCAAUGAAUGAAUUGAAUAAGAAAAUGACUCAAAGGAGAAGAAGGGAGCGCAAAGCUCGCGAAGGAUACAGAGAGCUUAUGCAAGAAUUGGUUGCUAAUCAUAAAAUUAAUGUACGUACGAUGUGGAAAGAUAUUUAUCCUCUUAUCAAAGAUGAUUCACGGUAUCUUGAAGCUGUGGGUCUUCCUGAAUCGACUCCUUUAGAUAUGUUCUGGGAUGUCGUUGAUGACCUUGAUGAGCAGUUGUAUCAGCAAAAGAAAUUAGUGUACGAUGCUUUAAAACGAGCCAAUUUUGAUGUCACGUUAGAGACAUCGUUUGAUGAUUACUUAAAGACGCUAGAUGACACUGUGACGUCUGAAGUAAAUCAAGAAAAUCUUGUGUUUAUCUUUGAACAUUUACAGUUAAAAGCUGAACAUAGAUUGAAAGAAGAAAAGCGAAGACAUGAAAAGAGGCAACGUAAACGUAUGGACGUACUUCGACACGCACUUAAGAAACUUCAACCGCCUAUUCAGCUUGAAGAUACCUGGGAUAAUGUUAAAUCAAGGAUUGAAGAAAUGGAAGAGUAUAAAGACUUGGAUGAUGAAAGCUUGGCUCAAGAAGCAUUUGAAAAGUUUAUGAAACGACUAAAAGAAAAGAAUGAAGAAGAAGACGAUGAGGAAGGUAUGAUAAGAGAAGGUGAAGAAGAAGAAGAAUAUCACAGUGUUAGUAGCCAUCAUCGUCGUAAGCGAAGAGAUUAUAGUGUAAGUGAUGGGGAAGAAAGAACAAGGCGUAGAAAAACCAAACAUUCGGGUUAUGGAAGUAGUACAGAAGAAGGUGAAGCACUCGAUGCUUAUGUCAAAAAAAGAAUGUAGUUUGUUUAUGUUUACUAUCAUUUGAAUAAAUAAACAAAUCUUUAAAAGCACGCUCUGUUCGGAGUUUUAUAUGAAUAAGCAGCCACAUUUGACUAGCCA